UUCUAAAAGAACGAGUAUUGCCGUAGGCAAAAAAAAGUUAGAGCAAGCCGAGAAAGAUUUAGAAAAUGGUAAAAAAGAAGUAAAAUUAGAAGUAAACGAUGAUGAGGAAAACAAGCAAAUAGAACUCUAA